AUGUCCAGAUCUGGCGAUAGAACCUCCACCUUUGACCCUACACACAGUGACACCCUGCUGCACGGGCUCAACCUACUAUGGAGGAAACAGCUUUUCUGUGAUGUGACUCUCACUGCCCAGGGACAGCAGUUCUACUGCCACAAAGCCGUGCUGGCGUCCUGCUCUCAGUAUUUCAGGUCUCUCUUCUCCAGCAGUCAUAUGCUCAACAACGAGGGGACCAACAACAACAAAGACCAGGGGAGCAGUGGUACCCCGUCUUCCUCCCCCGAUGACAAGCUGAUGGCCAGCCCCCGGCCCAUCAACAACCUGGUCCUUCAGGGCUGCUCCUCCAUCGGACUACGGCUAGUGCUGGAGUACCUGUACACUGCCAAUGUCACUCUCUCCCUGGACACUGUGGAAGAGGUGCUCUCGGUCAGCAAGAUCCUCAAUGUCCCCCAGAUCACCAAGCUCAGCGUGCAGUUCCUCAACGACCAGAUCUCUGUGCAGAACUACAAGCAGAUCUGCAAGAUCGCGGCUCUGCACGGCUUGGACGAGACCAAGAAGCUGGCCAACAAGUACCUGGUGGAAGAUGUGCUGCUGCUGAACUUUGAGGAGAUGUGCGCCAUGCUGGAUGCUCUGCCGCCCCCGGUGGAGUCGGAGCUGGCCCUCUUCCAGAUGUCGGUCCUCUGGCUGGAGCAUGACCGGGAGACUCGCAUGCACUACGCCCCGGACCUGAUGAAGAGGCUGCGCUUCGCCCUCAUCCCGGCCCCAGAGCUGGUGGAGAGGGUGCAGUCGGUUGACUUCAUGAGGAGUGACCCGGUGUGCCAGAAGUUGCUGAUGGACGCCAUGAACUACCACCUGAUGCCCUUCAGACAGCACUGCAGGCAGACCACAGCCAGCAGGUGAGGACACGCACACACACACGCACACACGCGCGCACACACACACACACACACACACAAAUAAGGGUUAGGAGCGGUGUGUAAGAAGUCAUUGGAAUAGGACAAAGGUUAGUAAAGGUACUACAUACUGCAUACUUGCAUAAGGUUAGGGUUAGUGAGGAUGCUUUAGAAUGGUCUACCUUAUUUUGCAUACCAUCUCAAUUCCAACGCUACACUAUAGAACUUAGUUAACUCUCUGUAAAAUGUUUUUUUCUCUGUAAAGGUUUUAAGUGCUGAAAAGAUGGAGGUACAUACAUUUAGUCAAUAGGCAGAUAGUUGUACAGUACAUUCAAGCAUUUCUUCUGAAAUAACAGUUAUCACAUUAUUCCAAAAAUAUAUAGGUCACUCAUAACUAAACAUAGGCACACUUAUAAAAAUAUGACAUAAGAGCACAUGAACAUUUUUAUUGACAUAACCUGGGUAGAUAUCACCUAUAACUUAUAACCUAUUUAUACACAACCAGUAGGUAUAUUUAUUUAUUAGCAAGGACAGGAAAACAACUCAUGGGUUAUAGAGUUAUAGUUCUGAGUGAUCCAUACUCAGGAUAGUUGCUUGGUCUGCCUCACCUACAGUACACAACCAUGGGACAUACAGUACUGCAUGGCCAGGGAUGCUUGUCAUGGUCUGUUUGUCAUGAUGAGCAUUUUCAGAGAUAGUUAAUGGACAGGAGUUGACAGGGAGAUGAUUGAUUGGUAGGGCUUUAUGCUGCUGUUGUUUACAGAAAACAACUUAGUUAUUAUAAGUCUAAAAUAUUAUGGAGCAAUUUUGACUUUUAUAUUUGUCUAACAUUAUCUGCUUCAUUCAGAAACAGUAGGCUAUAUGAUUGGAAAAAUAUUCUCACAGUAUUGUAGAAAAUAGAAAUCAACAAUUAUCUUGCACUUGUGGGGUAUUAUUUAUUUACCAGAGUAAUUUACGGCAUGGGUAAUUUCACUAUUUCUUUCUCACAAUAUCUUUAUGGAGCACAUAAAGUGGAAAUCCAAUAAAAUGUUAUGUGCAAUGGAGAGGGCCUGCAUGUGCUGUAGCAUGUAACCAUUGCCUAGUAGAGUGAGAUACCCAUAGAUGGGUCCAGAUACAGCACAGAUCUAGGAUCUAGACUGCUCAUUAAUAUCACAAUCCACUGUUUCUCUCCGCUCAAUUAAUUAGCCUUAUCUAUGUCUAGUGGCCAUUUGCAUAUGAGAAUAACCCCCAAAACACGAGUCGGCCAGUAUCCAAAUGGAUGCAUGAGAGGGCGGUCAUUUAGUCAAUCGUAAAACGAGAAUGAUGCAAAUGCCUGGAAUUAAUGGGCAUGUUGUUAAAACGACUGUUACUUUGUGGUUAGUUGUUUAAUUGCAUUGAACUUAAUUAGAUGACUGGACUCAAUGUACAGUAAAGUAUGUGGCCCUGAAAUCGUGUUUCACAAACCAACCCCACAGCUCAAGAAUAUGCUGCACAAUUGGCUCAGAACUGUCACAUGGAGAGUCUUUGCCAAUGGAAUAGCAACAUUUUAUGUAGUAGUUGAUCUACUGUGUAUUGCCCAGUCAUAAUAUUAUUUGCCUCACUGUAUGGCACCCUGUAGAAAAGUUCUGAUGAGUUCACACCUAAUUGAACAGACAUUUUUAAGCUGUAAACCCCCUUUAGAAAAAAACCGUAUGAAAAACAAGCCAUUGAAAGCUUUAUCAUAAAUUCAGAUAAGAAACAGCUGUGAUAUUACAAAGCCGAUUUUCUGUAUUUAGAGGUUACAAUAUUAAUAACAAUGUUGUUACCAAAUACAUAGGAAGUAUUAUCAUGUAAAUUCACAUGAUCGUUAAGAUGUUACAGCUAUGAUCUAUAUAGCUCAUAUAGUGUUGGCCAAUAUGGACUUUUCUCCAUGAUGUGGAACAUUAUUUUGUUAUCUAAAUCUUCCAAAUAGAAUACAGUUACAGGGCAUUCGGAAAGUAUUCAGACCCCUUGACUUUUUCCACAUUUUGUUACGUUACAGCCUAAUUCUAAAAUUGAUUAAAUCAUUUUUUCCCCUCAUCAAUCUACACACAAUACCCCAUAAUGACAAAGCAUAAUGACAUUUACAUAAGUAUUCAGACCCUUUACUCAGUACAUUGUUGAAGCACCUUUGGCAGCGAUUACAGCCUCGAGUCUUCUUGGGUAUGACGCUACAAGCUUGGCACACCUGUAUUUGGGGAGUUUCUCCCAUUCUUCUCUGCAGAUCCUCUCAAGCUCUGUCAGGUUGGAGGGGGAGCGUCGCUGCAAAGCUAUUUUCAGGUCUCUCCAGAGAUGUUCGAUCAGGUUCAAAUUUGGCCUCUGGCUGGGCCACUCAAGGACAUUCAGAGACUUGUCCAGAAGCCACUCCUGCGUUGUCUGUGUGCUUAGGGUCGUUGUCCUGUUGGAAGGUGAACCUUCGCCCCAGUCUGAGGUCCUGAGCCCUCUGGAGCAGGUUUUCAUCAAGGAUUUCUCUGUACUUUGCUCCGUUUAUCUUUCCCUCGAUCCUGACUAUUCUCCCAGUUCCUGCCGCUGAAAAACAUCCCCACAGCAUGAUGCUGCCACCACGAUGCUUCACCGUAGGGAUGGUGCCAGGUUUCCUCCAGACGUGACGCUUGGCAUUCAGGCCAAAGAGUUCAGUCCUGGUUUUAUCAGACCAGAGAAUCUUGUUUCUCAUGGUCUGAGGGUCCUUUAGGUGAAUUUUGGCAAACUCCAAGCGGGCUUUCAUGUGCCUUUUACUAAGGAGUGGCUUCCGUCUGGCCACUCUACCAUAAAGGCCUGAUUGGUGGAGUGCUGCAGAGAUGGUUGUCCUUCUGGAAGGUUCUCCCAUCUCCACAAAGGAACGCUGGAGCUCUGUGAGAGUGACCAUCGGGUUCUUGGUCACCUCCCUGACCAAGGCCCUUCUCCCCCGAUUGCUCAGUUUGGCCGGGCAGCCAGCUCUAGGAAGAGUCUUGGUGGUUCCAAACUUAUUCCAUUUAAGAAUGAUGGAGGCCACUGUGUUCUUGGGGACCUUUAAUGCUGCAGACAUUUUUUGGUACCCUUCCCUAGAUCUGUGCCUCGACACAAUCCUCUCGGAGUUCUAUGGACAAUUCCUUUGACCUCAUGGCUUGGUUUUUGCUCUGACAUGCAAUGUCAACUGUGGGACCUUAUAUAGACAGGUGUGUGCCUGUACAAUCAAUUGAAUUUACAAUAGGUGGACUCCAAUGAAGUUGUAGAAACAUCUCAAGGAUGAUCAAUGGAAACAGGAUGCACCUGAGCUCAAUUUCGAGUCUCAUAGCAAAGGGUCUGAAUACUUAUGUAAAUAAAAUAUUAAUGUUUUUUCUUUUGAAUACAUUUGCAAACAUUUCUAAAAACGUGUUUUCGCUUUGUCAUUAUGGGGUAUUGUGUGUAGAUUAAUUAGGACUUUUUUUAUUGAAUCAAUUUCAAAAUAAGGCUGUAACGUAACAAAAUGUGGAAAAAUGGAAGGGGUCUGAAUACUUUCCGAAUGCACUGUACAUGGGCUACAAUUCAAUGACUACCAACACAAUGAAGUUGUUGGGAGUAGUUACAGUUGGCUUACUACUAAACAAAAAGGGUUCUCUCUGUGUUUAUGUUUGCAAGUGGUUGUUUUAUUUAUUCUAUAUCUGUUAUGUAAUCUGUUUCCCGGCUCUUGUCCCCCCCAACCCAACCCAACCCACUCCAUACCCUAACCCACCUCCACACCACAACCCCUCCACCCCCUCCAUACCCCAACACCUCCACACCCCAACCCCCUCCACACCUCAAACCCUCAACGCCUCCACACCCACUUUACUCCAGGAUUCGUUCCAAUAAGAGGAUGCUGUUGUUGGUGGGUGGCUUGCCCCCUGGACCCGAUCGACUCCCCAGUAAUCUGGUCCAAUACUACGAUGACGAGAAGAAGACAUGGAAGAUCCUCACAAGUGAGUAG